UAGUACACAUCCGUUAUUUGAAGGAUUCCUUCCAGGCGGGAGCGCAGCAGUUUCGACUCCGGGGUGGCGGUGUCGAACUCGAGUAGCCGGUUCACCCGCUACGAGACGCCCCCGAGGUCGAGAACGGCGAGUUACUCCCGCGCGUCAGGAGGCGGAAGCACGCCGGGCGCGAGCCCUGCCCAUCCGACCGCCAUGUCGCGCAGCAGCAGGCGCUCGUACCAGGACACGUACUACGACGGCGACUACAGCGAGCCGGCGCCCCGACGGUUCCGAAGCUACGACGAGUUCAGCCAGGGGAGCGGGGCAAGCCACGACGACUACCAGAGUAGCGUGCUCGGCGACGGCAAGUUGAACGACGACGACUGCCCGCCCCCGUCGCGCCGCCACGCCGUGCAGAGCGUCGUGACAAGCGUCGACCCACCGGCGCCGCCGCCCCCGCUCCUGCCGCCCCCCGACAUCAGGCACCUGCAGAAGGAGAGGGUGCACCUGUUGGAGCAGCUGGAGGAGUGUCACAGCAGCGGGGACGAGGUCGGUUUCGCGCCGAAGAAGCGCGCCAAGCUCGACGGGGCCACGUCGACGGCGAUACUCUGCGAGGACGACGAGCCCGAGAUCGCCUCGCUGUUGGUCACCUCGCAUUCCAGCAGGAAGGGGAUGGACAUACGGCGAGUCAGCGACGGCAAAGUAGUGAUACAUCACAGCACGAGGAGGGGCAGUUGCGAGGGUAGAGGAGGGCCCGGACCUUGCAAGCGGCGUCGCGACGUUGCCAACAGGCAUCACGAGCAUCACGACGGGUCGAGGCCAGGAACGCCAUUGGUUGACGAGAGGCCGGAGAACUUGGUGCCUAGCGAGCCGAGGCGGUUUCGGGAGAGGAGCCACGAUGGCCCUUUGUCGUUGCCUUUGCCGAGGUUCGCCGCUCAAAUGUUGAACAACAACAACAACAGCAACAGCAACAACAACAGCGGUAACGUGAAUAGCAACAACAACGGUGGAAACAGCGGGGGCCGAUCGAGCAACUCGAGCCUCGCCAAGAUGACCAGUCCUCCCUGCGCCGCCAACCUGUCCACGGCGCCGAGCCCUCGAACGGCCCCCCAACCACCUGCCUCUCCGCCGCCUCGCCACCCGAGCCCCAGCCCGACCAGCUCCGACAGCGAGACGGCGCCCCAAUCGCCCAGCCUCGAGGAAAGGAUACGCUCCCUCGACGAGAAGUACGAGAAAUGGUCCGGGUCGAGGGCGUUGAGCGCCGCGGGUGGCGACGCCCUGGCCAAGCUGGACGCGACCGCCUCCGAGAGAUUCAGGUUUCGCCACAAGUUGCUCGACUUGGAUCUGCACGAGGUGCAGCCAAGCGACAUAGUGAAAUCGGUUCUCGCAAAGAGGAGCGUGUUCGACGAGGACUCGAAGCGUUUGGAGAACUUCAGCGAGAAAUACGAGCCGAGAGAGUUCACAGGCGUGAUCGGCGUCGGUUCCAUGAUCGGCGGCGGCAACACCACCACCACCACCACCACCUAUCCGUUUCCUAGUCAUCCGCCGGUACAAUUGUCAACGUCCGCGUCUGCCACCAGCCAGAUCGUCAUCACCUCGACCACCACCACCCCCUCCUCGAGUCUAACCUUCACCAACGCCGUGCCCUCGAAGGCGGCCUCGGAUCCGCGGACAGGCGUGCAGCACAACUGCGUGCAACACCCGACUCCGACCACACCUGUCACCCCCGGCACCUCGAUCAAGACUGUCAGCCCCGAAUUACCACCGGUUCCAGUACCGAUCGGAACGGCGGCCACCGCAGCCAACAACAAUAGUAAUAGUAGUAGCGGCAAUAGUGGUGGCAGUUUAGCUAGUAGUAUCGUUAGCGGGAACGGUAGUAGCGUAAGCAGCAGCGGUAUCCACGGAGCGGUGUCCACCGCGAGGGGAGGAUCGGCCAGCACGGCGUCCACCUCGUCGACGACCGCAGCAAUCGCGACAACCUCCACCGCCUCCAUCACCGCGUCGAGUAACGGUGGUGGUGGCGGUGGCGGCGGCGGUGGUGGCCAGUAUCAGACUUCCACCGCCUGCACCGCGUACAGCGGCGGGAAGAGCGGGAAGGAUUGUCAGAGGAAGUCGCGGAAGGAGGAGAGCUCGUCGGGCGAGGUGGAGAGGAAUAGUCGUAACAAGGACAGGGGGGAGGAGAAGGAGUCGUCGGGGGCGAACAACGAGGUUGGCGACAACGAGAGCAGCGGCAGCAGCAGCAGUAGUAGUAGUGGUGGUGGUGGUGGUGGUCACGCGUUGAAGGAGAUAGAGAAGGAGAAGGAGAGGGAGAGGGAGAGGGAGAGGGUGGAGAGGGAGCGCAGGAAGGAGAAGGAGGAGCGGGAGCGGGCGGAGAGGGAGAGGAGGGAGAAGGAGGAGAGGGAGAGGGUGGAGCGGGAGAAGCACGAGCGGGAGAAGAGGCGGGAGCGCGAGGACCAGGAGAGGCGGGAGAAGGAGAAGUCGGAACGGGAGAAGAGGAGGGAGAGGGAGGAGAAGGAGAAGGAGAAGAGGAGUCGGGGGGAGGAGGAGGGCGGGAGGAGGCAACCCACCGAGAAUCACGUUCAUCAAUCCUCGCAAUCGCAAAAUCAAAUAUCCCCUGCCCCGGUGUCGAUCAAGCGGCGGUGCUCGUCCCAGGAUGGGCCGGCCGAGGAGGACGCUAAACGGAUGAAGAUCUCCGAGGGGCACAGGAGGGACAGCAAAGACCGGCCUAGACAGUCGAAUCGAAGGUCGGAGGAUCGGAAACACCGGAACGAUUCUCACAGAUCGAGCAGGGAGAGCAGGGAGAGCCGCGACAGCAAGGAGAGCACUGGAUCCGCGCAGGACAACGGCGGCAGGGAGCAGCAGCAGCAACAACACGGCGAGGCGAACAGCAGGGAGAGUCAACGGGGAGAGAACAAUCGGGAGUUGUCCAGCAAAGAGAAACAACGAAGCAAGAGGAAUCGUUCGGAGAAGGAGUCGAGGGAACGAAGCCCGAGGGUGUCUCACGAGUCGGAUAAAGAGUUCCUAUCGAGACUGGACAUCUCGAAGCGAAAUGAUACCAACUCGCCGAGCGAACAGACCACGAUCGGUUCGAAUCAUUCGCGAGAAAUGCAACAGCAACAACAGCAGCAGCAACAACAGCAGCAGCAGCAGCAGCAACAGUCUUCCAUGAAUCUGCACAGCGACGUGGACGAUGGGCCUUUAUCGACUCACGACAUCCAGGCAAGGCAUCCAUCCGCCACCACCGACACGGACAGCGACGAGCCGAAAAAACACUCCAUUUUCGACAUCGUCGACGACGAGCCUGCCUACAUCAGCAUGUACGACAAGGUGAAGGCACGCUCGACCAAGAACAUGCAGAAAUUGGAGGAGGAGAAGCGGCAGGUACGAUUGAAGGAUAAGUUCUCGCAGUUGAAGCAGAGUCGAGCGAGGAGGGAGGAGAAGAAGCAGAGCACCUCGUGGGACGGCGACUCGGUGUCGAGCAAGGCUUUGACGGAGGACGAGGCCACCUCCGAAUCCGACUCGGCCAGGGCCAAGUCUUUGUCGAGGAAGAGUUCCAGAUCUCGUAUUCACUCGGACACCAGCGAGGAGGAGGAGUCGUUCAACAACAAGAUUCGAAAGGUGGUGAAGACCGAGAGGUUCUUGGAGAGCGACGUCGACCUCGGUUUCGCCGACACGGAGGAGAAACACAAUUCUCUCGAAACGACGAACGUGGUCGUGGUGAAUAGCGUCCACUCGAACGCGAAGGAAGAGCCCCGCACGUCGGACGACGACGAAAGAGUUCCUUUCCGUGGCAAUCAUCCGGCGAUCGUGGUCAACAAUCACGAGCGCGACUCCCGUAAAAAGUCGCACAAGAAGAAGCAAAAACGGCAAAAGAACUCGAUAUCGAACGAUCAGGAGAACAGUUUGAAAACCGAGCCCUCCGAGGCCGUGGCCGAGCACAAGAACAAGUCCAACACCGUUGCAGCGAGCGGCGGUAACGUGGAUUGCCGACCUAAUCACACGUCCGAGUCCAUCAACGUGUCCACGACCGCGACGUCCGCUGCGGGCACGCUCGAGAGCACGGAGGAGAGGAUAAGAUCGGACAAGAAACAACGGAACAAGAAGGACAAGAGGAGGGACAGGAACGGGGAUGACAAAGCCAAAGCGAGGAGGAAGAGGUUGAACAGGCAGGAGGCUAGAGAUUCGCAACGAAUGGAGGACAUAUUCGGCCCGUUGUCGGACGACGUGGACGACGGCCCGUCCAACAACGCGCUCUUCAAUCGGUUGGGUAACAACGCGUACGCCUCGGACAGCGACGGUGGGCACAGCCCUGGGUUGGACGUGGAGCGAGCGAGACGAAAGGCGGAGAAGAAGCGGCGCCACCAACCGGAGGACGAGAACAGCGUGGAUCUGGCGGAGGCGGGGCGCGAGAUCGAGGCGAAGCUUUUGGGCCUGCCCAACUCGCCGAAAUCGGGCGUGGCUUGUACGGAGAGCAACGACCACGAUGUGUUCCGGUUCACCGACGACAACGACAGCGUGGAACCGUCCACGCCGUCCGCUAUCCCGGAGAAGGUGAAAGAGAAGAAGAAGAAGAGGAAAAAGUCGAAGGAAGAGCGCAGCCGGAAGGAUUACCAUCAUCACCAUCACCAUCAUCACCACCAUCACGAGAAGAGCGGCGAGUUGCCUUAUUUGGGAGCGGAUCCCAGCCCUCCGAGGGCCAGCAGCCCGCUUGUAUCGAAAACGAUGUCGCCUACCUUACCUACGCCCAGGGACACCUUGCUGAGCCCCAUUCCGAAGGUGGUGUCCAACGUGACGACGAUGCCAUCGAUGACGCCUCCUCCCGUGGUUGGGAGCGGUAUCCAAUCGGGAAAAACGGAGAAGAAGAAGGACAAGUUUAUACCAGGGUUUGGUAUCGAGAUCGACGAGACCAUCCACGAUAACGCGGUGAAGAGUAUCUCGGAGCCGGAGGAGCGCGAGAGCAAUUGUCAGUCGCGCGGCGGCAGGGAGGAAGCGGAGGUGAACGCGUCGACUACGCCACCCACGCAAACGGAGGACAAGCCACGAGUGGCGAUCUCUCAGGAAGAGACGGAGGACGCGGUCGCUGCUCUGCUGGAGGAAACUUUCGGAGGAUCGACGGAAGAUUUCUCGUACGAGGGCGAGGAAGAAGACGCGGAAGCGGAGGACACGGUCGGAGCGACGGCCGAGGCGCCUCAAGAGGACGUCGAGGAGAUGCAACAGGCCGUGGAAAGUCUGAACGCUUCGACGGGAGAGGGCGAGACCGAUAUGAAACCGGACACUCCUCAAAGCGAGCACGAUCUGCAGAUAGACACGGACACGGAAGAGGACCCGAAUUACGAGACGUUCGAUUUGACGCAACCGCCUAAAACGCCAGACAUUCCAUCGUUCUACAAAUCGCCCACGAAAACCGUCAACGCUAUCCCGCCUUCCCUGGCGGCGACCACAGAGAAGGCCAUCGAAUCGCGGAUCUCGUCCAUACCCGUGAAAUCGCAGAGUCCACCUCCGCCAACCUCCGUGAUCGCGCACUCGUGGAACUUGAACGAGAAGCCGCGAGAAAUAGCGAAAACCGUGCAAGCGAUGGAAAACGUGGAGACGAACGUGACCGCGGCCAGUCCGGAGAUGAUUAACACGCAGCAGGCGCGUCGAGCUUCCACCUCGCCACCUCCUCAAUACAAACAGCCAGUCUUAGGUCCGUGCAGCGUACCGAUUACCAGUGAAACUCCCAGAAUAGCCGCGGUCAGCCCUAGACCACCACCGAUCAGCGUGCAAUCCUUGUACCAGAAACUGCCCGUUUCGCCGCAAUCCCAGAUGGUACCCAUGCGACAAACUUCCCCCCGAAUGCAGAACAUCUCCGCCGUUUCGACGUCAGCCUCCUCGAAUCAGACUCCUCUGCCGCCUCUAGUUCCAUCCAGGAUGCCACCCUUGGUUCCGUCGCAAUUGUCGCCGAGAAUCUUGCAACCGUUGUCGCCUAACGGGCAAUGGUCUCGAAAUUCGGCGCUCAGCCCGCACGUACCAAGCGUCGGUAAACCGUCUCCUCCGCCGGCAAGGAUAGCGGUAAGCGUGCCCGUUUCAGCGCACAGACCGGAAACACCCGCGCAACAGAUUUAUUCCACGGCUGCCACCCAACAACCCGUCAUUCAACACGCUCCCGGAAUGAGAGCUCUGGCGCCUAGUCACCCGAGAGGAGGCUUGCCACCUCUCACGCUCAAUAUCCCGCACCGUCCUUACAUGCCUGUACCACCGUUGGCUCCGGGUGUACAAGUGAAAAGCUCGAGGGAUUCCACCCUGGGUGGGAAAUCCGUGAUUGAGACGUUGCUUCCGGUAAAUCCUAACGAGCCCCCGCAGCGGCUCGAGGAACCGAAAUUAUCGCCAGCUGUCAUUCCAGAGCCCACGAACAAGGCUUCCACCUCGCCCAAAGUUCCAUCGCCGAAUCAACCGCCCACGUAUAUUCCCGAGACGGCGAAGAUCGAGAUAAACGCCAGCACGUCGAGCCCCGUGUUCGGCAAACCGACCAGCAUCUCGGCGGACACUUGCUCCUCCUUGUCGUCUAGAAAUCAGAAACAAAUUUCAGGCGCGAUAACGACGGAUGGUAAUUUGUUGUCCCCGAGACAGAAGCAAGAAAUUUCGAGCCUUCAACUUUUAACUACUCACGUGCCACGCUCCUCAACACCGAGCCCUGUGAUAGUCAGUCAUGGACAAUCUCACCUGGUCCACAAGUCUGUGGUGCAUACUAUCGGUGCAUCCACCGUUUCUUCGGCCAAUCAGCCGUUGAUCAAGACGGUUGUACCGAUAGUUUCGCAACAGAUCGCGUCCACGGUACCUGUUUCCGAGGAGAAAUGCAUCAUCGCGCAGGCGUCGCUACCUCUUACCACGAGCAAGAGGCACUCGCCGAUAAUGCAGAGCAGUCAGUUGUCGAAGCCUCAUAUACCAUUAGUAUCCACGGUGUCGCAAGCCAUUAUCGCCAGAACCGUACCAUCCACGGUAUCGUCACCACCGAUCAACAACGAGCAAACGACGGCCGACACCUGCGUGGAAUCGCGUUUACCUCCGGAGCAAGAGCUCGAGGUGGAUCCUGACGCGCAGAUGGCGCAAACGGCGCAGCCCAUGCAACUUACUCCGCCCAUACAACCUACACAACCAAUGGACGUUAUAAAAGAAGAACCGGCCGAAAUUUCGAAACGGGAAGACGACACCGCGAUGAAAGAGGAAUCGCGCAGCGAGGAAUCGGAACGUCCGUUGAAUCAGCCGACAAUCUGUACCAACGUGGACGUGAAUAAUCCUAUCAAGGUAGAGUCACAGGAUCUUGUCAAGUCGGAAAAAUUAUCGUGCGUACCGAAAUGCGAGUCUAACGAUAACAAUCUUGUUGCCAAAUUGGAAAUCGAGCCCUCUUCGGUUCCUAAGUCAGAGUCCGCGAACAACAAUGAGAUCAAGGAAGAGGAAACAGUGAAAGAGAACGAAGAAGGGGAUAUGGACGAGGAACCAUUGGCGGAGGAUCCGUUGAAAGAACCGAGCACGGAUCCGCUUGCCAUCGACGUGUCUAAGGAGGAUCCAACGGAUAGUAAGGAGGACAGUGAUUAUUGGUCGGCCAAAGAAGUGAAUAUCGAGAGCGUGAUAAAGAAAGUGGACGCGUUGUGCGAUGGCGAGGGGAACGAGGGCGACGAAGAGACGCAACAUGAUCAAAACACCAGUAACGAGGCGCAGGAGCAACCGAAAUCCAACGAAUCGGAAUGGUUCAACGCCGAGGUAACGGAAACCGAGAGCAAGAAGAACUUUGCGGCGAACGACGAUCAGGACGAAGGCGUGGAAACGUGUGAGAAUGAAUCGACCAAGAGUCGUCGUGGUAGGACAAAGAGCAGACGUGGAGGUGGUAGCCGGGGAGGGGUAACCACCAGGCGAAGCAGUAGAAAUACCGCUACUGUGGUGCAUAAACGAGGAGCGAGAACUCCUAGAGGGAGCAAGCAUCACGUGGAGAAGAACAAAUUACCAGCUGAUGUUUACGAGUUCCACGACGACAGCGAGGAGGACAAUGCCGGGCGGCCACGAUUGAUUCUCACCAUCAAAUCUCCAGUACCGAAUUUGUCCGGACCCAAUGCGCAACCAGCAACACCUAUUGCCGCAGUGAAAGAAGUACCGCCUGAAGAGUUUGUCCCUCCAGCGGCGAACACGAGAAAGUCGAGGAGAUUGGCCGAGAGAGAUGGAAUUAGGAACACGAUCGACGAUGUGAUCGAAGAUGUCGUUCGUGGCUCCGCGGUGAACAAGAAUGUACUAGGAGGAUCUGGGAAUGUUCACGCUACAAGACGAAGCACCAGGCACAACAAUUCGCCUCGCGUACAGGCCACGAUGCAAUUGGCCGAACCUAGAAAGUCGCCGAGAAGCGUGCGCGGUAAAUCUGCGCGUAGAACAUCCGAGAACGAUGACGACGAAGAGUAUCGCGAAUUGAUGAAGAUGAAGGAAACGCCACCCAUAUCGCAAGAACUUCAAAAUAAAGAGGAGAGUGUCCCGGUUCCGGAUGAAACUUCAAAAACGGAAGAGGCCAGUCAACCUGUACCAGAACCAACUCAGAAACCAGUUUCUCAUGAACCGAUGACGCUGAUAGAUCCGGUGACUGGAAUGUUAAUACCGAUGAGAGAGUCGGAGGAAGGUCAAUACAUUCCAGUUUCCACGACCUCUGGACAGACUGUAAACAGAAACGCGUGCGAGUCCAGAACUGCUCCAGCAAUGAUGGCGAAUGCUGUUCCUAAUACGAGUGGAGUGUUAAGACCGAAACCACCUCAACCGGAAAAUCUAAGUAUUUCCGAAGAGCCGAAAAAGGAACAAAUUCAAGAACCGGGCCAAAAUCAACAGAUUCAGCCACAGACCAGCGUUAUAACGAAACCGCAAUCUCCGGUAGUUCAAGUAACCUCUACGGUCAGUAUAAUUCAAUCAGCGACAACUUCCACCACCGUUACUUCUGUAGCUACAACAACGGUGGCGAUGCCAACGACAUCUACCUGCUCAACUCAAUCGAAACCUACGAGCCUCAAGGCUCAUGUAUUAAAUGCCAGUAAAUUAGCUACACCGGUGCAACAACAAGUGGUGAUCACGAAACCAGCAACUCCUAGCGUACCUAGCCAAUCGGUUGUGCAGAACAUCGUGAAAUCCACUCAACCGAUGCAAGGUCUACACUUACAAGUAUCCAGUAACAGAGUGGUCUCGCCGAGUUUGAGUCCACGUAGCAAACAAACACCACAAAUUAGCGCGGCGAAUGGAAAAAGUCAAGGGCAGCCUAUGUCACCGGUUCUCAACAACACUGGUGUUCCACCGAAUCCGAAACAGCACCUUUUGCAAGCGGCCAAACAACAAACAUCGGCGAUAGUGAAUCUUCCUUCUCAGAAAUUACCCAUGAACGUCCAUCCAGCUAAUGUAACUACAACAUCUACCCCGAGAAUACAUCAACCUGUUUCCCAACCAACAGCAUUAAAGGCUAUUAAUGGCCAGCCACAUCCUCUGAAUCCGAAGGCACAUUUGCUGCAGGCGGUGGUGCCACCAAUGGUCACAGGUGCGGUGGCCAGUCCACCUACUCAACCUCAUUUGAUGAAUCCACAACCCGCUAAUGUGAGCUGUUCGCGCCCUCCAGCACCAAAACCAUCAGUAACGGGAACGAUGGAACCACCGAAAGUAGAAGUGUCGAUGUCUGGCUGUAUCAUGGUUCCAACUGCGAGUCCUCAAGCUCGAGGAGUACCUAUAUCAACUUAUGAAGGACCAUUGCAUGGAAGUGCGGGUGCUACUCCAUCACCAGGGGGCCAAUAUGGACUUGUCCCCCCACAUCGAUCCCAGAGUCCUCCAUUGCCUCCACCUGCCCAUCAUCAUACUAAUGCUUCUCAGGGUGACGUUGUAAACCACUUUGGAGGUCUGGCAAGAGGGGCAGAAAUACCACCUCAUUAUAUGCAUCCGCAAAUGCUGCAAUAUCAGUAUCUACGUGCACAACAAGAGGCAUUGACAGCUCCACGGAUAUAUCACAUUCAAGAAACUCGAUCUCCUCAUUUACCAUUAGAUCCUAAACUUGAAACAGGCAUAGAGGACAGUCACAGCCCACCAUUGGAAUUGAGACGUAGUGCAAGAACACCUCAAGAUCGAACUACUGAUAGUCCUCAAGUAGCUCAAGUGUAUAUGAUGCAUGGAACAGUGAGAUUACCACCACCACCACCGCAAUAUAAUGCUGGAAGUAAUCCAUCUUUAACUGGUGCACCAGCAGCUGCCAGAGGCGGUUUUUACGAGCCUCCACCGGCGCAUUUGCGCUCUCAAUAUCCUAUCGCCGCCAGUGAAGCGCCAAGCGACAGAGCAAUUACACCAGAUAGGCCUAGAAAACACCAAGUAGUUACUCCACCUCAUGCUUCUCAAGUGCCACCACAAGCAGACUCGUUUCAAAUGUUAUUGCAACGUUAUCCAGUUAUGUGGCAAGGACUAUUGGCUCUUAAAAAUGACCAAGCAGCAGUACAAAUGCAUUUCGUUUUUGGCAAUCCCAAUGUAGCAAGGGACAGUCUACCGUGCAAUAGCGAUGGCUCUACUCCACCAUUGAGAAUCGCCCAGAGAAUGAGAUUGGAACAAACUCAGGUCGAAGGAGUAGCGAGAAAGAUGCAGAUGGAUAAUGAACACUGUAUGCUUCUUGCACUUCCUUGUGGUCGAGAUGAGGUAGACGUACUACAACAAAGCAAGAACCUCCAAACCGGAUUUAUAAUGUAUCUACAGCAAAAACAGGCUGCUGGAAUUGUUAACAUCGCUGCACCAGGAUCACAACAACCUGCGUAUGUAGUUCAUAUUUUCCCAUCUUGUGACUUCGCAAACGAGAGCUUGGCGCGAAUCGCGCCGGAUUUGUUGCACCGUGUCGCAAAAAUCGCUCAUUUGCUCAUCGUUAUUGCCACCGUUUGAGGCCAACCAGUGAUCUAUUGGAUUACAAUCUAUCUAUACUUCUCGCCUUCACGCACUUGUAGGACACUUCGCACGUGGCAUGAAGCCUGGAGUGUCCUCCCGACGAAGUGCAGUAUCGUACAACAAACGAUGAGAGUAUUUCCGAGGGAAUGAAAGGUUUCUCCUCUGGAGUUAUAUCAGUGACAAUCAAACGGAUUCUUUUGCGAAUCGUGCCGACCUUUUAGAUCGUAGGCCUAAAACGUAGGUACGGGGUUGUGUAACGUAGAGAGGCUAGCACGGUCAAUGUACCAGCAUCACCGAGCGUGUCUUUCUUCUCCAGUUUAAUUUGCGAUGACGAGUUUUAUUCCUGAUUAUGGAAUGACUCGCAGUUCGCUCAUCACUGAUGACGUUUGUGAGAUCGACCGACAUCACUCUUGGUCUUUCUGACAAGCGGAUCAGGCACAACCCCAGCCCUUAGUGAAGACCUUCGAUUGAUAAAAAAAACCACGCGAUGUCCUCACUGUGAAAAGAAAAGAUUUAAGAAGGAAAAAAAAAAA